GCUGGUGUGACGUUCGCUCAAUUUUUGACGCGGCCACUAUUAGAAAAACUUUUACUUUGUAUGUUUUGACAAUAAUAAUAUAGUGAUGUGAUAUUUACGUGGGCGGGAUUUAAGCAAUUAGGAUUUAGAUUUCGAAAUUUAUCAAAAUGGAUAUUCAAACAAUAUUUUGGACUCUUGUUUUGGUUCUUACGAAAUUUGCGGAGGCGGGAAGUAUUGGUGACCAGUGUGAUUGGAGUGGAAGCGGGUUGAGUGUUACUGCCGAGAGGGGUGUGACUCCUGUCUACCUGAGGUGUCGAGAAGGCACAGUAUCUUGGCUAUACCCUCGAGGAGCUCUGCGGUUACUGUUCCGCCCUCCUCUACCAGCUGAUGAAAAGGACUUCAGGGUCUGCAUAAGAGUCAUAAGGCGACCGGACCCUCCGGACUUAUUUCAUUCAUUGCAGCUUAAUGAUACCGAUGUUGCAGAGCGGUUUCCGGCUCGCAUUUUCGUGGAAGGUGCAAAGCGACUUAUACCUCUUUACGCACCUGAUGACGGCGACCCUCGCGAACUUCGAUGCUUCCGAAGCAGGCGAGGUCGCGCUGCUUUGUACGUAGAAGCAGAACCUGAGGAGGGUACUAAGAGGAGACUGGCCAUGUUCAAGUAUGAAGCCAGGUCGUUAGUGAGAAGACACUAUGACCCUGCAACGGCUGAAUGCAGACCUUGCUCGGAGUCAGAAUUAGAGCUCGCAUUCUGCACUAGUGAUCUCGUGUCGAAAGGUAUAAUAGUUGGUAGUGAGCAGCGUGAAGAUUUGGAUACGACACAACUGACUCUGCGAUUGACCAACUUGAUUCGUGCUACGGCUGCUGCAACUGAUCCUAGCGAAGAGGAGAAUCAGUACUUCAGAUAUGAAAUCGACAAUACAAUAGGCACCGGUCGUAGGCGACACCCCCGAAGCCUUCACGCACACGUUCACAUCGCUUCACGUUGCGAAGCCGGCGCCGGUUCUGGAGAAUUCCUUAUAAUGGCUAGAAGAGCUCUCGGGAGAUAUCAUUUGGUCUGCGCGCCGAGAGCACACGAAUGGAAAGAAUUGGCGAAGAGACGAAACGCAGAAGGUACCGCGCACUGUUUGUUGCAGCAUUAGGUUUUGGUACAGUUUUAGGAUGGUAACACCGUGGGGUUGCCAUGUUAAAGGUUUCAAAAUAUUAAUGUAUCGCUACAUACAUAAUACAGACGUCUAAGAGCUUCCAAUACGAAAUUUUUGACCUUAAAUGCUUGAGUUAAUGGACAAAUGUUGAAUUUUCAAGUCCAAGAUACUACGGUAACCUAAGAGGAAUGUUUCAUACGUAAUAUAACCAACUCGAUCUAAAUGUUAGUAAUAGAAUUUAAAAAACUCUUAUCUUCAACCAUAAUUUCGUUGACUGAGUUUUUAUACGUCUGAAAAAUCUUAUGCAAUGUGCGACCAACUGUGUUACAUUUGAUUGGAUCGUUGCAAUAUUGAAAAUGUAUUUUGUUAGAUAAGUGGGAAAAAUUUAUCUCAGAGUUAAUCAACACUAUAUUAGUACCCGCUUGCCAUAAACUAGCUUGUAAAAUGCAAUUGUAAAUAUUUGUAAAGAAAUGUGGUCCACAGUGCCAAAUGUAAGAUUUAUUUUUAAGAUUGAUCUCAAUAUGUAUAUAUUGUACAUGUAUUUUUAUAUUAAUUGUAAACCCAACGUUUGAAAUAUCUUCCUAUAGUUGUAUUGUUAAAGAAAAAUAAAAAUACAAGUCGUUAGAUACGUACACCAGUAAACGCUAUUCUAGAUUUCCAUACAAAAGAUAUCGUUUCUAUAUUCUAUUACGUUUGUCUACUAAAAGUAUGACUGCGAAGGUUGCUCCAUAAUCUAUUCGGAACAGCGUGGUGGAAAAUAGACAAAAGUAUAUCUGCGUAUUUUAAUAUUACAUUACAGAGUUAUAUUUAUGAAAUGUAGUAAAUUUUAAAAACAGAAGCAUUUAUAGGGUCACGAAAUGUAUGCGAAACUCGUAUACUGAAUGUAAAUUUUGUGCUUCCAAGCAGAACUUAUAAAAUAUAAAUAUUUAGAAUCUUAUAUAUUAUAUAAUAUAUUUGUACCUAUAUGUUUUAUAAAAAUGUGUUAGUUACAUAAUUUUGAUGUGAUAUAGAUGUAUAUUUCCAAGUGCCUAUUGUAAAUACGAUGUUGUACAUUUAAUAUAAUUAUCAUAGUACGAGACGUUAAAAAUAAAAAGUAAACAUAUUUUAUUGUUUCAUUUCAAAGGUUAGAAAAAUAAAUCACUUAUAUACUUUAUAACUUGUAACAUCCUUCUUUUCUGUUUUUAGUAGUGUGGCGCGGCUAUAAAUAAAUAUAGUAAGGGUCUGUUUCACAAUGUACCAAAUAGCUGUGCAACACAUAAACUAUUUGGAAGAUAAAAGAUAACUCAUUGUUCAGCUAUCAUUUGA